AUGGAACGAUCAGAAACGAUAACCAGAGCAAACAUGACUAAUGUGGGAGACUUCAUUUUUCUUGGCUUUUCUGACCAAUCUGACUUUCAAGGAUUCCUAUUUGGUAUUUUCUUAGUCAUUUACAUGAGUAUUAUAAUAGGAAAUGGUCUUAUCAUUUUGAUGACAAAGUUUGAUCCAGGUCUUCGAACUCCCAUGUAUUUUUUCCUUGGAAAUUUUUCCUUCUUGGAAAUCUGCUAUACAUCAGUGACUCUUCCCAGAAUGCUGAAGGACUUUUGGACUCAGAACAAACAUAUUUCUCUACUGUCCUGUGCUGUUCAAAUGUGUUUCUUUCUCAUUCUUGGAGUCACUGAGUGCUUGCUUCUGGCCGUGAUGUCAUAUGACCGCUAUGUUGCGAUUUGUAAGCCUUUAUACUACCCUCUCAUCAUGAAUCACAAAACAUGUGUCCAGCUUGUUGUAGGUGCUUGGAUCAGUGGAAUGCCAAUUCAGAUAGGACAGGUAUGCCAGGUAUUUUCCCUGCCUUUCUGUGAUUCUAACAGACUUGAUCAUGUUUUCUGUGACAUUCCUCCACUACUGAAGCUGGCCUGUGGAGACACUUCUUUGAAUGAAAUUUUGGUUUAUGCUGAUGCUUUCUUGUUUGGUAUGGUUCCUUUUCUUUUGAUACUGAAUUCCUACAUCAGGAUCAUCACCACAAUUAUGAAGCUUCCGUCAACCAUGGGGAGGUCCAAAGCCUUUUCUACAUGUUCAUCUCACCUCACUGUUGUUGGUUUAUUCUUUAUGUCUGCUUCUAUUUCUUAUUUUCAACCCAAGUCAAGCCAAUCUACAGGAGCGGGAAAAGUACUUUCCCUUUUCUAUACUAUUGUGACUCCAAUGUUUAAUCCUGUGAUUUACAGUCUAAGGAACAAGGAUGUCAUUAUGGCGAUGAGAAAAUUAUGGCCUUGA